AUGGGUACCAGUGCGCUUCAUGCCAGCUACGGUUUAACUGCAGGCAGAAAAAUGGCAGGCCGUCCUCUUCACACGUGUGAAAUUCAGAGGCGGCGUGCCAUUCUCAGUAGGGUUCAUAUGCUUUUUCACUCGAUAGCCAUUUCAGCCAUACUUUAUUACAGAAUUUCGAAUCUCGUGCAUGGAAGUGUACCUUUUAUUUCGUGGACGUUUAUUACGAUUUCUGAGAUGAUAUUCACGUUCAUUUGGGUAUUAACGCAAGCAUUCCGGUGGCGGCCAGUGGUCCGGACGGUGGUGCGGGAGAAUCUUCCAAGGGAUGAUAAGAUGCCAGCGGUGGAUGUGUUUAUAUCCACGGCGGAUCCUAAGAAGGAACCCGUGGUGAAGGUGAUGAACACGGUGUUGUCGGCCAUGUCGCUGGAUUAUCCGGCGGAGAAACUGGCGGUUUACCUUUCCGAUGAUGGUGGCGCCGCCGUGACACUGUACGCUAUGAAGGAGGCUAGUGAAUUUGGCAGGUCAUGGAUUCCAUUUUGUAGGAAAUAUGAAAUCAAGACUAGAUGUCCAGAAGCUUAUUUUUCAUCUUUGGGCGAUGAUGAAAGGCUUGUUUGGAAUGAAGAGUUCAAGGCCGAGGAAGAAAAUAUCAAGUCAAAAUACGAAUUCUUCAAGAGAAAUGUGGAAAAAGCCGCCGAGGUUGAAGCCUUUGUUAGACCCGAUCGACCCCCACACGUCGAGGUGAUCUAUGAUACUAAGAAGAAUGAAGGAGUAGAGGAUAAAUCCAAGAUGCCUCUUCUUGUCUAUGUAUCCCGUGAGAGAAGACCUUCACGGCCUCAUCGCUUCAAAGCAGGAGCCCUCAAUUCUCUUCUUCGAGUUUCUGGGAUAAUGAGCAAUGCACCCUAUGUUCUAGUAUUAGAUUGUGACAUGUAUUGCAAUGAUCCUUGCUCUGCCAAACAAGCAAUGUGCUUCCAUCUUGAUCCCAAGAUAUCAAGAUCUCUCUCAUAUGUACAGUAUCCUCAAAUAUUCUACAAUGUCCGCAAGAAUGAUAUUUAUGAUGGCCAAGCAAGAUCUGCUUACAAGACUAAAUAUCAAGGCAUGGAUGGGAUAAAUGGCACUGUUUGCUCGGGAACUGGCUAUUACUUGAAGAAGAAAGCCUUGUUUGGUUGCCCCAAUCAUGAAGAUGAAUUUCUUGAUUAUGAGCCAGAAAAGAACUUUGGCUUCUCUAGCAAGUUCAUUACUUCACUAAAAGCACUAAAUGGAAAGAAAGUUGUCAAUGAAAGGGAAAUUUUAUCUGAUGCAACUUUGGAAGAGGCAAAGAAUCUGGCCUCUUGCAGUUUUGAAGAAAACACAAAAUGGGGAAAAGAAAUUGGUUAUUCAUAUGAUAGUUUGCUGGAGAGCACUUUCACUGGUUAUCUUCUGCACUGCAAAGGAUGGAAAUCGGUUUAUCUUUACCCGAAAAGGCCAUGUUUUCUUGGUUGCACCACCGUUGACAUGAAUGAUGCCUUGGUUCAACUCAUGAAAUGGGCUUCUGGAUUGGUUCAAGUGGGUUUUUCAAGAUUCAGCCCUCUGACUUAUGGGGUGUCUAGCAUGUCUCUUCUUCAAAGUAUGUGCUAUGGAUACUUUGCAUUUACGCAUUUUUUCUGCAUUGCCUGCCUGUUAUAUGGCAUCACUCCUCAGCUCUGCUUCCUGUUUGGAAUUCCCCUAUUUCCCGAGGUCACAGACCUCUGGUUUGCUGCAUUUGCAACUGUGUUUGUGUCAUCCCAAGCUCAACAUUUAUAUGAAGUCCUUUCUAGUGGUGGCUCAAUUAGGACAUGGUGGAAUGAACAAAGAAUCUGGAUGAUAAAAUCAGUAACCGCUUGCUUAUUUGGAUGCCUCGACGUUCUCAUGAAGUGGAUAGGUGUAGCGAAAGCAAGUUUCAGGCUGACGAACAAAGCCAUCGACCAAGAAAAAUUUGAAAAAUACGAGAACGGAAAAUUCAACUUACAAGGUGCAAAAACGUUCAUGGUACCCUUAUCACUGCUAGUUUUAUUAAAUUUGGGGUGCUUUAUUGGUGGAGUGAAAGGGCUUAUAAGUGGAAGAAAUAUUGAAGAAAUGUUUGGACAAGGUGCUCUAUCCCUUUAUAUUCUUGUUCUAAGUGUUCCAAUUCUUGAAGGACUGAUCCGUAAAAUGAGCAAAUGA